CUAGAUACCCCUGGGGCAUUAUAUAAACCAAUGAACACCUCCCUGCCUCACCAAGCUCUCCUGUUACUCUAUUGACUGGUGGUGGCUACCUGUGCAGGUGAUACACUGGGCUCUUAUCUGUAGCAGUGUGAGGAGCCAUGCAAUAGGAAAGUUUCCUAGAGAACUGGUCAAAGUUCAAGAGGAGCUUCUCUUCACCAUUAUGGCUGCUCCCUGCAUAGCAUGUUGGUGCCAAUACUAUUAGUUGGGGAGAAAGGUCAAAGAGAUUAGAAAAAGUGGGUGCCCUAUCCACCAGUGAUGCCUCACAGAGACUUACCUCGGUGCAGGUGUGAAAUCCCCCCUGGCAGCCAUGCCCCAUGGUGAACAAGACCCUCCCCAACCCAUCCAGACUCAACCACAGUGGCAAAGUACAUCUGGGACCUCCCACCAGGACCAGUAUUCCAGGCCUUUCCCUGUUGUACCCCCAGGGCUUGAGUCCCUUGUAGAGGUGAAUGAAGUUUUGUUCCGGAAAAAGGUUUUCCAGACUCCUGAUGGACAAACCCUUUAUUCUGUACAAAAGGACUCGGAGUGCUGUGGUAACCCUCUGAUUCUCAAGUUAAUAGACCCCCAUGAACAGGUGGUUCUGCAUUCACAUUUAUUCUCUGAAAGUGGGUGCUGCAAAUCCUACACAGAGCUGCAGGUUGAAGCCCCACAGGGGGACCCCAUUGGUUUUGUGAUGUACCAAGAUUCUAGCCGUGGCCUGAAAUUCUCCAUCAGUGACGAACAGCGGGAGCCUAUAUUCACAUCUCAGGUCAAGUCUCACUCCUUCCUGAAGAAACCCAUUGAGAUCUGCAGUGUACAAGGGACUCAUCCUGUGGGCCAGAUAUCAAAGAUCAAAGGGAAACCUUCAAAGAUUUUCAUUCAGUUCCCCAAGGACAUGGAGGUUAAAAUGAAAGCUGUGAUCCUGGCAACCUACCUGUAUAUGCAAUAUUGUGUGGAUAAGAUUAACAGUGAACAAAAUUCUUCUACAUCUAAUGGUGGAGACUGGGGUGGAGGUGGAGACCUGGGUGAUGCAGGAGGCUGGUGUGAUGGAGGAGAUGGUGGGGCCUGUGGUGGGGGAGGAGAUGGUGGCGCCUGUGGUGGGGGGGAUGGGGGAGGUGAAUAAGAUCAUGGUUGUUGUAACAUUGUAGGCUUAAAACCUGGUGGGAAGGGGAGUGGAUGGCCCUUGUGCUUCCCAACAUUCCUCCUAAAAUUGAGUUGAGUGAUGCUAUCAUCUUCCAGUCCUGGAAACCUCCCUACAUAUGAUGAGUUCUCCACCCCUGCUCAUAAUAACCUACUCUCUAAUCCACUGUAAUAUUUGCUGUUAAUCUGGAAGAUCACAUUGAUGGACUGAUCCAAUAAAUUUCUUUAUUUCUGU